GUUAGCACUUUUUUUCACACAAAGUAGGUACUUCAACUUACUUACAAGAUUCCUAGAACUGUAUCACUAUCGCCGUUUAGAAUUUUCAUUAGGGAGACAGCCAGGCGCUAAAUGGGUUCCGUUUUAGCUUGCAUGUCAAUCAAAGACCAUGUCGUUGCCUCGGCUGCCCGACUCGGUUACCGAAGUCGUUGACCUCCUGGGCCUAGACGCUAGUUUCACCCAGGACGCGCUCGCACCAGGCGUGGCUAGCCAAUUGUUCCAAGUGUGCAACCGACAUUUCGCAUCGAUUGUGGAGGAGGCGAUAAUUCACCCGGACGAAGCAGGAACGCGACACGCGAAAAGCCCAUUCGUUCUACUGGCGCGGCUGUUGAGAAAAAGACGGUCUGGAGCUGCUGCGCCCCGGGAAGAUCAGAAGAGUGCAAAAAAUACAAGCGUGGACAGAAUACUGCGACAGCUCUUGCUGUGGAAUAGCUAUGAUAGACGCGCGGAGAUAGUUCUGCUUCCCCUUCUGGUGCGCGAACUACGACUGGCGCGGACCGCCUUUGCUUUUUCUGACAGCACGCUAGCUGCUAGAAAACGCCAGUCUCUCAACGAUCCAAAGGAUCGAUGUCAGGCCGUGCUCGUUCCCCAAUUGCAACGGCUUUUCGGGCGAGAGGGUGUGGCUCCGGCUGGGGAGCGAAGUGGUAGAGACGAAAGCAGGUUUCAAGCUUUUGACGCUCUGUUUUCGGACGAUGUACUUGACGAUGGAGCGAGCGGACGUCGCACUGCGCCUGCCGCGCUGGGUACGCUCCUGCUGGACUCUGUGCCACUUUUGAGAUGCACCCAAAGCGCGUCCUUGGUACCGCGACCCAGACUCUCUCUCUUCGAUCGUGCGAGAACUUGGAAAUCCCAACGAGUCGAAGCGAAUUGUGCAUCUUCUUCUUCGCGCAUUCAGACCGCCGUUGAUCGGUGCUUGCUCAGCAUCCGGAAGUGGCGAAUUCAUGCCCAUUAUGUGCACGAAGCACAGCGGGCUCGGGUGCACUGGUUGCAUGUUCUCCGGGAGGAGCUAGAAACGCACACAAUACUGCCGCACUCACGGAAAACAGCACCGCCCUCGCAGCUGGAACUUCACAUCCUAGAGAGCCCGGUACUGAAGAGGAGGCUAGAGCGCUUGCUCACACUUCACACCACAGCAAGCCAGGUCGAAGCGGACGCUCUACACUGGAGCUGCAAGGCUGCGAAGGUGGUGCACCGUCGGGAAGAGCAAAAGCGGGAAGAGCUGCGAGAAAAACCUCCGCGAACUGCAGGAUCUGAAAAUCAACAUAGUUUUUCCGCAGAUCAAAAAGACCUUUCCUCGUCUACUUGGAGCUCCAAGACAACCGCACGUCUAUGCUCCGCAUUGCAAAAGGCCGAGCGGCGGUUGCUGUGCGGAGCGGAUUUGGUGCACGACGACCUGGAUUUCGUAACUGCGAGUACCACCACAAGCAAGCGGACCUCCACGAACCCGAGCAAGCAGACACGAAACGAGAGUUGCAGCGGGUCCGAGGUAGAAGAUACAACUAAUUCCGCACAGAGCGUACAAAGUAGGAACCGCCUCUUUGACCAUGUUGCGCAACUGCGUGGAGAUCAAACCGAUAGAGGAAACAAAAGCAAAUCCACAAGCCCGGACUUCCCCUCGUGGCUGCGCGCCGAGUGGCUGCGGGUGAAGGGUUUGCAGCGAGAAAAGCCCACCGAGCUACUACGUUUGGCGCAACGACUGGACGAAAUUUUUCCCCGAGACGUCGAGCCACCGCCGGCCUUCUUUCUCCCAGGUCUAUGUAAACAUACAACUGGUGGGGAACAGUUGCCUACUGGAACAACGGGCACAGCAAGAGCUCCCCCAGUAAGUACACCAAGCUCAUCCUCUGCUACGACCGCUCAAGAAGAUCUCGUGGCGUUCAUAGCACGGUAUAAAGCGCGGUUACAAAAUGUAGAGGCGCAGAGAAAGGUAUCUGUAGUGGGAAGGGAACAGGCGUUAGAAGCGUUCGAGCAGUGGCAAAAUAGUUUGGGGAAAGACGGCUAUCACGUUUUGAAACAGUUCCAAGGUGCCGCAGAUCUUCGUGCAGAAGCUGGUCUGACGCAGGACCGCAUUUAA